UAUACAUAAUCAUGUUCUGCUUCUAAAUGUCAACGUGUUAAGUUUUUUUUAUUUUAUUAAAUUAAUAAUAAUUAGAGAGUUUAGAUUUAAUAUUUCAAAAAAAAAAAAAAUGACUUUAUAUCAUUUUGGAAAUUGUCUUGCUUUAGUGUAUGUGCCAUAUUAUUUAACAUAUAAAUAUUCAGGAUUAUCAGAGUAUGGUGCAUUUUGGAAAUGUAUUCAAGCAGGUGGAAUAUAUAUUUUUACCCAACUUAUUAAAAUGUUAGCGCUUGCAACAUUUUUUCCCACGGCCGAUAGUGUUGGCCAGGAAGGCUUUGAUCUUGUUGGUGAAUUUUUGAAAUCUUCCAUCGAUCUUGCAGACUUAGUGGGUAUACUUUUGGUUUUAAAUGGAAUUCCCGGUAAAGGACACGCAAAAGUAUUAACCGCCGGAGUUGGUUGGGCAGGAGCCGAAGUUUUAUUAACAAGAUUUCUCUUACUUUGGGUUGGUGCACGUGGUGCAGAAUUUGAUUGGAAAUACAUUCAAAAAAGUCUCGAAUCCAAUAUAAAUCUAGUUCAACACAUCACAACUGCCACAUUAGUUUGGCUGUGGUCGCGACACGAUUUACGUCGUGGUUUAGUGCCAAUUGUUGUUAGUAUGCUGCUAUUAACAAUUUACAGGCCGUUGAUUCUCGAUUUUCUCACAUCGGUCAUAAUUACCGGACCAUGGCUAAUGCUUUUUAUAAAAGCUUUUACAACAUUAUUUUUAGGAGCAACGACUCUUCACAUGUAUGCGGGACUCGCUCAUUCCAUUGGCAUUUUUUGAAAAAGAAAAAAAAACGAAUCGAACAAAUAAAAAAAAUACUUCUUUAUACAUCCCACAAUUGAAAGAAAAAAAAUUUCAUCUUCCUCUGAAAAGAAAUAAUUGAGGCGGUGAAGAGGUGAAAUUAAAUUGUUCCUAAAAAAUAAUAAUUUACUAAUUAAUGAAAUUAAUUAUUAUUAUCGACUUAAGUAGAAAAUAAGAAGUAAAUUAAAAAAAAAAUGCGUUUUUUUUUUAAUGGAAAUAUUAAAUUAUUGUCAACAAUUUUAAGUGUCAAUGUAAAAAAAAAGAAACAAAAAUAAAGACUGUUCCAUAUUCUAAA